CGAAGCGGAGGGGGAGGAGAACGAAUCCAGUGACACCGUGAAAUUGUAUUAAACAUGCCAUUCCUCCCUCAGAGCACUUUCACGCUGUCUAAACUUCGUGCUCACUGGGUGUCUGGUGUUUCGGAAGUUUGAAGCAAGCGAGCAGGCACCUGAAAAGGAAACGCGCUUACAUACCAUUAAGGAACAGGCAUUUCAUCAGCGAACAUCAUCACUCUCCCGAAUGAUUCUUCUGGCCAUCUUCAGCCUGAAGUCUCAGAUAAAGUGAUGCCUGUUUUUAUCUUUGGGAGAAAGGGCAUUUGAGAAAGUGCAACGGAACAACAAGCCUUGACGAGGAAAGAGGAGACUAUAAACAGACCGGCGUAGGUCCGGAUUCUUAAAUUUUCCUAAAAUGCACUUGUUUGGAUUAUCUGUCUUGUUCGCGUAUUCAACAUUCCUAUACACAAACCUUGCUAUUGACACAAGUCAAGACGAUUAUGAUUAUGACCAGGAUCAAGGAGAUGUCACGGACUACCCAGAGCCUGACAUGGAGGAGAGGUUACGGUCUGUGUCCAGCGUGGAUGAGCUCAUGCGGAUUGUUUAUCCGAGCUACUGGAGCAUGCUCAAGUGCCGCUCCAAACGCGGCGCUGCUCGCUACCCACUCAAGGACCACGUCUCCGCGGAGACACGCUCGGAAGAGCCACUCACGUUUGCGGCAGCUUACUUCAACUUUGACAUUCUCAAAAGUAUUGAGACAGAGUGGAGAAAGACCCUGUGCAUGCCACGCGAAGUUUGUUUAGAUGUGGGGAAAGAGUUUGGGGCGGCUACAAACACCUUCUAUAAACCCCCCUGCGUGUCUGUCUACAGAUGUGGUGGCUGCUGCAACAGUGAGGAGCACCAGUGCAUGAACAUCAGCACCUCCUACAUCAGCAAGACACUGUUUGAAAUCACAGUGCCGAUAAAACAAGGUACUAAGCCAGUGACCAUCAGCUUUGCCAAUCACACAAUGUGCCGGUGCCUCUCAAAGCUGGACGUUUACAGACAAGCGCAUUCCAUCAUACGACGGGCUCUACCAGAAUGUCAUGUGGCCAAUAAAACAUGCCCCAAGAAUCACAGCUGGAGCCAUCGCCUGUGCAGAUGUGUCCCCCAACAAGGAGCACCCCUCCAUUCCCCUCAAUCUGAGCCCUUUGAGCCAGACAUCUGCGGUCCAGACAAGGAGCUGGAUGAGGACACGUGCCAGUGCGUCUGCAAGAAGCAACUGCGUCUGGCCGGCUGCGGCCCUCACCACCACCUGGACAAGGACACCUGCCAGUGCGCCUGCAAAGCCCAGCCCGCGUCCUGCGGCCCCAACCAGGCCUUCAACAAGGACACCUGCCAGUGCUCCUGUGCCAAGGUGUGCCCCAAGAGCCAGCCCCUGAACCGCACCAAGUGUGUCUGCGAGUGCACAGAGUCUCCCAACAGGUGUUUCCUCAAAGGCCGGAGGUUUCACCAGGGCACAUGCAGCUGCUACAGGCCGCCGUGUGAGGUGCGUAAGCGGAGGUGCGAGGCAGGCUUGUACUUCAGCGAGGAGGUGUGCCGAUGCAUACCCACGUACUGGAGGAGGCUGGACUAAGGCUGGCACUGAGGCUGGCACUGAGGCCGAGGCUGGCGCUGAGGCUGCCCAUGCUGCACUGCCCAUGCCGCUACUGCCACAGGCAGCCAAUCACACACAGGGACACUGCCACCAUGGAUCAGUGAGUGGCACCAGGCUGUUGAAUGGACAUAUCUUCAUGUUUGGAAUAUGGAGCGGGCCAACAGAGACUGAACCCAGAGUUUCAGAGACCAGAGGACACUAAUACUAAAGACUUGAGAAUGUCAAGCCCGAGCCAUGGUCUUUUUUAUGUUGUCAAUCGAUUUAUUAUGCGUAUGUGUCAGAUAUUGAUUAUAUAAUUUAUUGCCACUAAAUAUUAUUACUUUCUAUGUUUAUAGCUAUGUCAAUCUUUCCAAGAAAAUACACUGUGAUCAAUA